AUGCGUCGUCUCGUCGACAUCUGGUGUGGGUACGGCAACAUGGCGCCCCGCACGGUGGGCGGCCGCAUCUUCUGCAUGCUGUUCGCCAUGAUCGGGAUCCCGCUGACGGUGACGGUGAUCGCCGACCUGGGCGCCAUGUUCGCCAACUCGGUGUCAGCUCUGUACGAGCGCGUCAAGCGCAGCUGGCUGGCGCGCAGAGGCGGCGGCGGCGGCGGCGCAGAGGAGGAGGCCGCCGGUUUUCAGCUCUCGGAGAGGAUGGAGCGGGCGCUGACGGUGGUGGUGUCGGUCAUCUUCCUGGUGCUGUACAUCGCCAUCGGCGGCGGGCUGUUUCUGCUGUGGGAGAGCUGGAGCUUCCUCGAGUCGUUCUACUUCUGCUUCAUCACCAUGACAACCAUCGGCUUCGGCGACUUUGUGCCAGCCAACGCCGAGUACAUGCUGGUGUGUACCGUGUACAUUCUGGUGGGGCUGGCGCUGACCACCACCAUCAUCGAGAUCGUUCGUCGCCAAUACGCCCAGUCCUGGCAGCAGAUGAAAAUGCUGACAGCACGGCUACAGAGUUUGUCGGGCCCGCUGACCGACCACCUGAAGAAGCUCGGUGAGCACGGGCACGGCGUCACCAUGGACGUCGACCUGCUCCGGGAGAUCCGCGAACUCCGCAAAACCAUGGCCAACACGAAGAUGAAGGACGGCUUCGCCUGGGACGACGCCGAGCUGGACGCGCUGACGCCCCGGCCACCCGUCCUGCAAAUCGUCAUCUACGAGAGCAAUGUGUGAUGGUUCGGUGAUAGUGAGCGUUAUCGCGUCAUCUGAGCGUCAUCAUCGGAUGGCGGGCGACGAGACUGAGCCCCUCGAGGACCCAGUCCAGAGCCGGUCCGGACACAGUCCAUCGAGAGCCGCGAUAGAGGGGAGGACGGACAGUGGUCUGUGUUGGAGACACUGCUUCUCACUGCCUGAUGCGUGUAUGUGAACUGUUGAAUGUGGAAGCGUUGUGGUGGAAGGAGUUUAGUGAGAUGCGUCGUUGAGUAUUAGUCUGCCGAAUAGAGCACGAGAUGAGUGAAUGUUACCUCAAAGAGACGACACGCUAGGUUGUUGCGCGAAAUGGGACGCCAGUCGACAGCGACACUGUACCGUAAAAUAUCACAAAUGUUUUGUUGUGGUUACAAGCGACAACAACUGCUAUAAAGAAUGCUAUACAUUUAGCAUGCUGUACUUUAUACAUUAGGAAUAUGUACAUUGUCGCCGUUUGAGAAUAUCAUGAAAUGUUAGUUAUAGCGUGCAUAGUGUACGUUGCACAUUGCACAAUCCUGCUCGCAAAAUGACAAUGGUGACAGAUAUUGUCUGAAUGUUGAAUGUCACUCACGCUGUUCAUAUAAGCGCACUGUGCACCGAUGGGCUGUCUAAUAGCUGGUCACAUGCGUCCUGUGUUAGGAAUGCGAGGCAGAGUGACAUGAUUGUGUCAUGGUCUAGAGAUGACUUCCUCAGUGUUAGAAGUGACAAAAUGGCGGUGUCUCCUGUGUCAGAAUAUGUGUCACGCGCCUGCCUUCACUCACCGCGAGUUGUGUCAGCCGUGUGUCAGGAACGUCACCCGCGUAUCACCAGCGUAUCAGUUGUGUGUGGGCAGUGCAAUGUCUAGCGGUCCUUGGCGCGCGAGAGGUGGUGUUUAGGAGAGGGGUGUCCGUUCCUCAUUCUCACAUAGCGAGAGUAGCGGACGUGGGUCGGUCGUUCCAACUGCUCUGUUGUCUCGGCGCGACUGUGAUCAGACCGUGUCGGAUCGGCUGGCGCCCCAAAUCACCCAGCACAGCCCUUGUGUGGUAGAAGUGCUUUCAGUGAAUGAACUCACACAAAUGCGCAAUGCAUUCAAAUACACAUUCACUCGUCC